UGCUGCGGGCAGGAGCAGAGGGAGGAGGCAGCAAAUCAGAAGAGGGCAAAGGGAGCGAUACACCUGUCAGGAUGGAUGUGAACCCGGCAGCAUCCAUGGACGGACUGAGAACAGUAACUGCCAGGGAGCUGGAUGGCUGGAUCGCCAGAACCCUGCAGCCCAGCCCGGAGUUCUCUGCACAGGUGAAGGAGACAGUGUGGAAAAUCUGUGAAUUCCUGAAGAGGAAGUGCUUUGAGGAUAAUAUCCACGUCCAAAAGACCGUCAAGGGUGGAUCAGCAGGAAAGGGCACAGCUCUGAAGAACAGCUCUGAUGCUGAUGUGGUGCUCUUCCUCAGCUGCUUACCCAGCUACGAGGACCAGAGGAACAACAGAAGGGUUAUCCUGGAUUUGAUCAUGAUAAGGCUGAAGGACUGCAGGGAGAGCUUGCAGUUUGAUGUGUGCAUUGGUGAGCCCAGGUACAAAGGUCCUGACUUCACACCGCGCUCCCUCAGCCUUACUCUGUCCUCCCCGGAGACUGGAGAGUCCAUUGAUGUGGACGUCCUGCCUGCCUAUGAUGCUUUGGGGCAGGUGACCCAGGAUGCCCCACCAAACCCAGGAGUGUAUGAGAGGCUCCUGCAUGCCCACAGCCAACCCGGGGAGUUUUCCCCCUGCUUCACUGAGCUGCAGAAGAAGUUUGUGAAGUAUCGCCCUGCCAAGCUGAAGGACCUCCUGCGCCUGGUCAAGUACUGGUACAAGAAGCUGCUGAGUCCGCAGUACCCCAAUGCACACCUGCCCCCUAAGUAUGCCCUGGAGCUGCUGACCAUCUAUGCCUGGGAGGAGGGCACAGACUCCUCCCACAACUUUGACAUGGCUCAGGGCUUCCGCACAGUGCUGGAGCUGCUGGGCCGGCACCGGGACAUCUGCAUCUACUGGGAGAAGUACUACUCACUGCAGCACGGAGACAUUGGUGCCCACGUCAAGGGCUUGCUGCGCAGUCCCCGCCCUGUCAUCGUGGACCCUGCUGACCCCACGGGGAUCCUGGGCCAGGACAAGGACUGGAACUUGAUGGCACAGGCAGCUGCCAGCUACUGCCGCUCACUGCCCUGCCUUGCAGACGCCCAGCCCUGGAAUGUGCAGCCAGCCCGGCCCGUGACCAUUGAGGUGAUGCAGCUGUCAGGCACCAGGCUGACGGAGUGUGUCAGCCCCUACACCACCAUCGGGCAGCUGAAGGACAUGAUCCACCAGAGCUGGGGCAUCUCCCCAUACCAACAGCGCCUGGCACAGCAGGAGCCAGGCAGGAACAACAUCACCCUGCAGGACAGCGAUACCCUGGCCAUGCACGGCAUCUUCUACAACACCACGCUGGUGCUGCUGCAGACCGAGCUCCAGAGGAUGCAGGUCCUGGUCAAGGACGACAAGAACCGGACCACGACCUACACGGUGCUGCCCACCGACACCGUCCGACAGCUGAAGGAGCAGAUCCAGGCCCGGCAGGGGCCCUCUGCCAACGAGCAGCGCCUGACCUACGGCUCCAGGGAGCUGCAGGACCAGCACACGCUGGAGCACUACAACAUCAGGCCCAUGAGCACAAUCUACAUGCUCCUGCGGCUCCGGGGAGGCGCAGGCCCCCAGCUCCCUGCCUGCUUGCCUUGCUGAGCACUGCCCUCAGCACCAGCCCAUGCCCCUGUGUACCCUCCUGUCAUGCUGGAAAUAAAUACUUACUAGAUC